UUCUAGGAGCGGGUGGAGAAGUCAUGGACCGCAACCCUUCGCCGCCGCUGCCGAAUCGGGACCAGGACGAGGAGGAGGGGGCCGGGGGUGACUGCAUAGGAAGCACGGUCUACAGCAAACACUGGCUCUUCGGCGUCCUCAGCGGGCUCAUCCAGAUUGUUAGCCCUGAAAACACCAAAUCCAGCUCAGAUGAGGAGGAGCAGCAGAUGGAGCUUGAUGAAGAAAUGGAGAAUGAAAUUUGCAGAGUGUGGGAUAUGUCAAUGGACGAGGAUGUGGCUCUAUUUCUCCAAGAAUUUAAUGCUCCUGACAUAUUUAUGGGAGUAUUGGCCAAAUCCAAAUGUCCUCGAUUAAGAGAAAUCUGUGUGGGAAUUUUAGGUAAUAUGGCCUGUUUCCAGGAGAUAUGUGUGUCCAUCAGCAGUGAUAAAAAUCUUGGACAGGUGUUAUUGCACUGUUUGUAUGAUUCAGACCCUCCUACUCUUCUGGAAACGAGCCGGUUGUUGCUUACUUGUCUUUCCCAGACAGAAGUAGCCAGUGUCUGGGUUGAAAGAAUCCGGGAAUAUCCAGCUAUUUAUGAUAGCAUUUGUUUCAUUAUGUCAAGUUCAACAAAUGUUGACUUGCUGGUCAAGGUGGGGGAGGUUGUGGACAAGCUUUUUGAUUUGGAUGAGAAGUUAAUGUUGGAAUGGAUUAGAAAUGGGGCUGUUCAGCCUCUGGACCCACCCCAGGAAGAUUCUGAAGAGCAGCCAGUGUUUAAGAUUGUGCCCUGUGUACUUGAAGCUUCGAAACAAGUACGUUCUGAAAAUCCAGAAGGGCUCGAUGUUUACAUGCAUAUCUUACAGCUGCUUACAACAGUGGACGAUGGAAUUCAAGCAAUUGUACAGUGUCCUGAUACUGGAAAAGACACUUGGAAUUUACUUUUUGACCUGGUCUGCCAUGAAUUUUGCCAGUCUGAUGAUCCACCCAUCAUACUUCAAGAACAGAAAACAGUGCUAGCUUCUGUUUAUUCAGUGUUGUCUGCUAUUUAUGCGUCACAGACUGAACAGGAGUAUCUAAAGAUAGAAGAAGUAGAUCUUCCUCUAAUUGACAGCCUGAUUCGUGUCUUACAAAACAUGGAACAUUGUCAGAAGAAACCAGAGAACUCGGCAGAUUCUAACAUGGAAGAAACGAAAAAGUCUGACUUAACCCAAGAUGAUUUCCACUUGAAAAUCUUAAAGGAUAUUUCAUGUGAAUUUCUUUCUAAUAUUUUUCAGGUUUUAACAAAGGAGACUGUGGCUCAGGGACUAAAAGAGGGCCAGUUAAGCAAACAGAAGUGUUCCUGUGCAUUUGAAAACCUUCUUCCUUUUUAUAGUCCGGUGAUAGAAGACUUUCUCAAAAUUCUACAUGAAGUUGAUAAAACUCUUGCUGAUGACCUGGAGGAAAGCUUCCCAAAUUUGAAGGCUCAGACUUAAAACACUGAAUUGGAGUUUCCUCUGCCCAAUAAAUGAACUUUACUUUCUGCACUG